AUGUUGGGACGCAAGAUACGUCCAAAGACAAAACGGGCCAAAGAAGGCCUCCGGCAGCUUUGGAAGAAACUACCAACCAGCGUUACCAAGAGUGAAGACAAGGCUGCCACCACAUCAGUCGCCGGGCCCGAAGAGAACACUGAGAAUGAAGUCCCUGCAGUAUCAGUAGUGCCUGAAACUGUCAUCCCCCAGAAACCAGCCGGACUUCGCAUCACAGUAACAGCUCGGUUCGAGCUCCCCGUGGACUUCACUAAUAGCCACACCUACCAGACCUCGCCCAAGUUCGAGGGAUCGGACAAGAUCUUCAACGCGCUGGUCAACCGAAUCCAGCAUUGUGCCAACGAGCUCAUCACAAGACAUGACCCGGACGCGGCCCAACCUCUCUUGAGCUCGCCCCCUCACAUCAAGGAUGCCCGCUACCAUCUCAUCUUCCAGGUCGAGCGUGAUGGCCAGCCCUGGGGCCAGCAGUACUUCGCCUGCUUCCAGAAGCAGCCCAUGGACGCCGCAGCAGCGCGCAAGGUCAUCUACGGAACCGACAGGAUAGUUUCUCUGUUUCUCCAACGCCACGACCCUGGUUUCCACUGGGAGCUUCCUCCUGUUGUAAGCGAGGAGCAGACACCUCACAAGACAUACAAGCCCGUCAUCGGAUGUGCCCAGCCACUGGACUGCAUUCCCAAUUAUAGCGGAAUGCCUGGAUACACCAUAGAACUCUCCCUCAAGACCCAGCACCGCGGCCACGCACGGAACUGGGCGAAGAGCAUCGAGAGUCGGCAGAACUCGCCGCUCACUCUGCACUCCGGAGAAAGCUUAAUGGCCAGAGUCCAGGACACGAUCCAGCGCGCCUUUGAAGGCCGGGAGACGGCGUACGACGAGGCCCAUUUCGGCUGCAAUGGCCUGGAGGGGACCGGCGGCUGCCAGCAUUAUGAGGAAGACGCCUUUGGUCUCGACGUCAAGCUUCGAAACAACAUUGGACCUGAAUUCUCCCACUUCCACUUCAAGAUUCAGACGUUCCAACUUCUCUUCACCCAAGAUCAGACCGCCGAUUUCGACGAGUUUGUCGAGCUCAUCGAAGGCAAUGUGGAGGAUCUCCGAGACGAAGCUGACGCCGGCAUCGGGAGCCUGGAUGACCUGCGGGUGCAGAUUCAAUAUCUAUCAUGCAAAGACUGGUCCAUGGAGAGAGCCCUGGCAGUGUCUCUUGAUUGUUCCAUCACAGAGUGCCGGACGACAAUCGAAGCAGUCCUGGAGCGAGUUCAAGCUGGCUUGAAGAAGACACUCCAGAGCCAAGGCUUCUCGGCUGCUGUCACUGCGCAUAAGCGAGGGCAUCUCGUCCUGGAUACUUUUAUCCCAGGCAUCGAACCAGAAACGACUGCUGCUCAGAGCGAAACACCUACCGUUCAGAGCACCAACCAACCCCAGACAGAAGCAGAGGACCGAUUGGCAAUUCUCAAGCUGCUUCGGGAACGCAUCGGUCAAGACAUCACCGCCGUAUGCAAAGACACCUGCAGCCUCGGCGAAGUAGGGUUCAUGAUAAACCUGAAGAUAACGCCCGCCUGCGACGAGGACAACCUGUCCAAGUACUCCACGACGCCCCCCGUAUCGAUCUGCCUUUCACAACGUAAGAUUGUGAAGAGGGCCGCGCAGGAAAACCUCCGCCUCGACUCCCCCGAAGGCUCCGCCGCUCCCAAGAAUGAAGAAGAAGAGCAGCUCGACGAAACGCAAGACUACGACUGCACGGCCUCGUCCAAGGGCGGCGCCUCACUUACUUCGGCGCCGAGCCUGGCAGACAUUGAUAGCGCCCAGCAGACUGAUGGUAUCGUCACCCCGUCGUCCGCCCGCAAGCCUUCUCCUGCAGAUCAAUGGGAAACGAUCACAGGCGCGCGAGGAAGGACCUUGUCAAAGUCCACGCGAGGAUCAAACAUGUCUGGCUCUUACACUGAGGAACCUUCUGUCAUCCACCAUCCGGCACACUUCGGCGAUGCAACCCUCCGACUGAUCGAGAACCUGGACGAGGAAGACACAGAGAUCCCUUCGACAGUAGAGAUCACCUCGACUGAAAACAUCCCCUCGAUCGUAGAGAUCCCUUCGACUGAAGGGGUCCCCUCGACUAAAGAAGUCACCUCGACUGAACAAGUCCCUUCGGCUGAAGAAGUCCCCUCGACUAAAGAGAUCCGCCCGACUGAAGAAAUCCCCUCAACUGAAGGAGUCCCUUCGACUGAAGAGAUCCCCUCGAUAGUCGAGAUCCUCUCAACUAAAGAUAUUCCUUCAACUGAAGAAGUCCACUCAACUGAAGAAGUCCACUCAACUGAAGAAGUCCACUCAACUGAAGAAGCCCCCUCGACAGCAGAGAUUCCCUCAACAGUGGAGAUCCCCUCAACAGUAGAGAUCACCUCGACUGAAGAUAUCCCCUCAACGGAUGAAAUCGCACAGGAAGCUAGCUCCAUAUCAGACGAUAUCCCCACAACAGUCAAGAUCCCCUCGACAGCUGAGAUCCCCGCAACAGUCCAUAUCCCCUCGACAGACGCAAUCCCACGGGAAGCUAGCUCGACAUCAGACGAUUCCGCCACCAAAGCCCUCACUCCCGAAGAACAGAAGCUCGAGAUCGUACUGCAAAAGGAUGUAUACGAAUGCCCCAACUCGCCAGAGGAAAUUCCACGAGAAGCUAGCUCUACAUCAGACGAUAUCGUCACCAAAACUCUCAUUCCCGAAAAACAGAAGCUCCAGGUCGUAUCGCAAGAGGAUAUAUACGAACGUCCCAACUCGCCAGAGGAAACACCAGAGGAAACAGCGGUGCAAGAAAGUGCCGAAAAGCAGCAGCCCGAUCUACCCGUGUGUGAGCCACAGGAAAGCCAAACGGAAAUAUCAGACGAUUCCGCCACCAAAACCCUCAUUCUCGAAGAACAGAAGCUCGAUGGUGUUACCCUCCGACUCAUCGAGAAUCUAGACGAAGAGGAAAUAGAUAUCCCCUUGACAGUAGAUAUCCCCUUGAGAGACGAAAUCCCACGGGAAGCUAGCUCUAUAUCAGGCGAUUCCGCCACCAAGACCCUCAUUGCUGAAGAGCAGAACCUCGAGAACGUGUCGCAAGAGGAUAUAUACGAGCGUCCCCAGUCUCCAGAGGAAACACCGGUGCAAGAGAGUGCCAAGAAGCAGCCCGAUACACCCGUGCCUGAGACAUUGCCUGAGACACAAGAAGUCCAAACGGCAGUAUCAGACGAUUCCGCCACCAAAACCCUCAUUCCCGAAGCACCGAAGCUCGAGGUCGUGCAGCACGAGGAUAGAUACGAACGUCCCAAGUCGCCAGAGGAAACAGCGGUGCAAGAGAGUGUCGAGAAGCAGCAGCCCGAUCUACGCGUUGUUGAGACACAAGAAGUUCCAACGGCAGUAUCAAUUACUCCCGACUGCAGCAGCGUCAGCUCAGAUGGCCCUUAUACUACGGAUGCACCCAAAGUAACUGCAACAACAACAAUAACCCCCGUUGUCCCGAGAAAGUCAGGCAGACGACACGGUGACUCCGGCACCAACCGAGAGUCAUUCCGCCUCUCGCAGAAUUUCGGCCAGCUCCGCAUCUUCAGCUUGUCAGGUACCCUGGGCGGGCUCCCCCCAGCGUGCACUAAGAUUCACGCGGAGGGACACAUCCCCCGCAGCGAGGUAUCCUCGACCACCGCCCCGAGCAUCUCAGAAUGA